AACAUAGCUGGUUUUAUAGUAUAUUACAAACAUUGAUCCAUGUAGUCGUCGACAUGUAAAAUUUUACAGCUGUUAUUGCCUGCUUUCUACCAAGGUUUUCUUGGAUCAGAAUUGAUUGGCAUCAUGGACGAUCUGUGGACCCUUAUAUUGCUAUCACUAGCAAUGUUAAUUGGCUGUUAUGUAGCGGGAAUGAUUCCACUCUCCAUAACUUUGUCAGAGGACAAACUGAAGUCAGUGACAAUAUUUGGUGCUGGACUACUUGUUGGAACAGCAUUAGCUGUUAUAAUUCCAGAGGGAAUCAAUGCCAUGUACACUUCAGGGGACCAUGGUCAUGCUCAUCACCAUGAAUCCAGUUCAAAGGAAACAGAGAAACAUAGUGCUACAGAGCAUGGUCACCAUGAACAUCAUCACAGCACAGCCGAUGUGCACUCUCUUAUUGGAAUCACUCUGGUUGCAGGAUUUAUAUUUAUGCUGAUUGUGGAUCAGAUAGGAGGAGCUCAUGCUCAUGCACCGGCAGCAGAUGCAGAAGCAGGACAAACUACUCUUCAACAAAACAGAAACAGAAUCACAGCUACUCUAGGAUUGGUUGUUCAUGCUGCAGCUGACGGCAUAGCUUUAGGAGCAGCCACAGUUCUGGCUCACACUCAUCUUACAAUGAUCGUCUUCAUAGCCAUUAUGCUGCAUAAGAUGCCAGCAGCCUUUGGACUUGUCUCAUUUCUACUUCAUGAAGGCUUCGACAGAAAUCGGAUCAGGAAGCACCUGUUUGUUUUUGCUGUGGCAGCUCCUUUUCUAGCCAUUGUUACUUAUAUCAUUUUAAGUCAGAGAAGUAUAGAAUCACUGAAUGAUACAAAAACAACGGGGAUAGCCAUGUUAUUUAGUGCCGGGACUUUUCUGUAUGUGGCCACAGUUCAUGUCCUUCCAGAGGUGUCUUCAUCAAAAACUCAACACAGUAAUCCUGAUGGCAGUGUUGUCAUCCACGAACAUAAAGGAUUCAGGAGUAAAGAUCUGGUGGCCAUCAUUGUAGGAGCAGUGCUGCCUGUGAUUUUAUCUAUAGGUCAUAAACAUUAGGCUGUGAUUGGACUAAGAUAUUUUUAUUAUUAACUCUUAUCAGAGGCUGUGUAUAAUUUAAGGGUAAGUUGUUGGGUAUGCCAUUGAUCAUUGUAUUUGGGUAGGCAUUAGGAAAGGUAAUACCAGUGAAUAUUAAGUUUCUGAAACUUGUAUAAAUAUACUGUAGAUCACUUAAUUUUCGCGACACCUUAUUUUCGCGAGAUAGUCAUUGACUCUUUAUCAGCAAGACAAAAUUUUCACGAAUUGUGUUUGUUGCUCUAUAUAAUCUUAAGGAAUUUUAUUAUAUGGACAAUGAAAUUUUCGCGAGUAUACCGUCUCGCGUAAUUACGCGAAAAUAAAGUUCUCGCGAAUAAAAAGUGAUUUACAGUACACUGCAGAGUCAAAUUUAACCAUUUACAAAAAAGAAUUAUUUGGCUCACUGACACAUAAUUUUUCUUUCUUUCUUGUAAAAAUUUUACGAUUUGUUGAAUGAUUGUCAUUAAAUGUUGUUAUUUGAUUUUAGAUAGAAAUGUACGAAAUGGGUGUAUUUUAUAAUAAUUGUACAUGUACAUGUAAUUGUAAUGUGCAUUGCUUUGUGUAGAUGGUACUGAUAUAUUUUACUGGAUCUAUGAAUGAUAAUUAUAUAUUAAGACAAUGAUGAAUGUCAUGCAGCUGUCCUUUGGUAUCUUGAAAAGUUUUUCCCCAAAUCCCAUGGACCUCGAGAUAAUGAAGUUUGGCUGUAACUCUGCAUUCUGUAAGUGUGGGUGAUUGCAACGUGCUUAACAUUAAGUCAUUCUGGUGCUUUUUUAAUUAGUUUUAGUAAAUCUUGCUGUAAAAUAAUGCGGUAUUGUGGUUUGAUUCCAGAAAUUUGCAUUAAUAUUUUUCUGUUCUCUUAGAUAUACAUUAUUUGCUCAUUAACUUUUUCAGUGUGUGAAAACUAUAAGUAAGAAUCAAGAUUAUGAUCUAUGUGUGACAUAAACACAUUUUAAACUUCAUUUUAUGUACUUGUUUAUUUGAACUUCAUAAAAUAUAGGCAAGUGUCUGAAAGUAAGGUUUGCUGAAAUGUCUCAUAUAGAAUAUUUAUUAUCAAAUUAUUUAUGAUGUAAAUGUCUUAUAAAUAUGUGUGUUUUAAAGAAGAUUCUUGAUAAUCAGUGAUUAUGUUAUAACAAAUGUAGCCUAUAUCCUAUACAUAGGUUUAAAACCAAGACUUGUGUAAAUUGGCUUUAAUAACACACUGAGAAUUUAAUUUAAGGAUUUAUACAUUCCUGUUACAUGUCUUUGAAAGCUAUAUUUAUAUUAGGUUAGCCAGUACACCUUUUGUCUUGUUCAGUAAACUCUCUUCUGUCCUAAUGAUCAUUUUGAUUUAAGAGAAGAUAUAUUUAAGAUAUUCAAGAACUUUCAUUGAUGCAAGAUACGUUUAGAAAUGAUAAGCUUAUAGUAUAUUUAAAAUAUUUGUAUUUCUUUGUCAAAUACCAUAUCACAAGUGUUCCCUAUAAUUCUCAUGGAUCACAUGGAAUAUUUUCCUAGUCUUGUGGAAGAAAUUGUGAUACAGUGAUGAAUGUUUUUGUUAAAUUAAUGUAAUAAUUUGUAAAAAUUCCCUUGCAUGUCAUGACUGACUUCAUAAAGUAUGUAUGUUACCAAAA